UACGGAUUAAUUUAGCAUGUGACCAAGGCUCUGCAGACAUAACUUCAGCCCUCUCACAUGCUCUCCUCUUUCACCCAGCAACGUUAGCUGACUGGCUCUAGCUUGCAUUUAACACUGCAUAGUGUAUUUAUACUCUGGCUACCCGUCUGGCGACCACACACUCUGGUCCAUAACGAUAGCAGCGAACCAAAGGUUUGAGCUGCCCCCCAAAAACAUACAGUGUUGAAGAUGGAUGAGGCAUUCCUGACAGUCCACAAUGAGCUGGACAUUGGAGUGGCAGUGUACUGGAUGUCAGAGAGAUGCUAUCAGUGUCUGUACCAACAGUUGGGGGUGGUCACUGCAGGGCAGAGUCCUGGUCAGCCCAGUUCAGUAGACUUUGCUGUGGGCACACAGCAUGAAAUUACACUACAGCUCAACAGCUCUACUGACAACCAGGAGCUCUGCACGGUCCCAUUCCACUUCGGGGAGCACGGGAACUACUCUCUGUGGGUGAAGAAUCUGAACAACUCCUCAAUGGUCAACUGUUCCAUAGUGACUGAUGCAGACCCUGGCAACAGCUACAUACCGAUCCUGGUAGCUUUUCUGAUCUUCGCUGGAUUAGCCGUGGCAUCUGCCAUUGGAACAACAAUAUUAGGGCUUGAUGUAGUGAGGGCUGUCCUCUUCCGAAUAAGUGGUUCCAUGGAGACAGAGAGGCUCAUCAACUCUGAACUUGGCUCCCCUGGCAGGCCCGUAUCACUAGCUGCUGACAACAUCCUCCCUCCACCACCGAGCCCCAGCAAAAGGCUGCGAUCUCUGGACACAUUCAGAGGUAUCUCCUUAGUCAUCAUGGUGUUUGUGAACUAUGGAGGGGGACGAUACUGGUUCUUUAGACAUGAAAGCUGGAAUGGUCUUACUGUUGCAGAUCUAGUCUUCCCUUGGUUUGUGUUCAUAAUGGGGACGUCCGUCGCCCUGUCAAUCAACUCCCUUCUCCGCGCCGGCUCGACCCGCUGCUCACUGCUGAGGAAAAUUGUGUGGAGGAGUGUGCAGCUCUUCCUCAUCGGUGUCUUCAUCAUCAACCCAAACUACUGCCAGGGACCAAUAUCUUUUGAAAACCUGCGGAUCCCCGGUGUGUUGCAGCGCCUGGCCUGGUCAUAUUUAGCUGUAGCCUGCCUGGAUCUGUUGGUGGCUAGAGGCCAUCUUGACAUCCUUACAACGGAGGCUUGGUGGUCCCCUGGUCUUGACAUCUUGCUAUACUGGCCUGCCUGGCUGUGUGUGCUUCUCCUAGAAAUCAUCUGGCUAUGCCUCACUUUCCUACUUCCUGUGCCAGAUUGCCCAACAGGCUAUCUGGGACCAGGUGGGAUUGGGGACAUGGGCCUGUAUGCAAACUGCACCGGUGGCGCGGCUGGUUUAAUUGACCGAUGGCUGCUUGGAGAAAGCCACAUCUACCAGAACCCCUCGUCACGGGUGAUUUAUGCAACUCAUAUGCCAUACGAUCCAGAAGGUGUUCUUGGCAGCAUCAACUCUGUCCUCAUGGCUUUUCUUGGAUUACAGGCAGGAAAAAUCAUCUUACACUACAGAGAUGCCCACACAAGUAUAAUGUCAAGGUUUCUUAUCUGGGGUCUGUUAUUGGGAGUCAUCUCAGCAGUUCUGACCAAGUGUUCCACAGACCAGGGAUUCAUUCCUGUUAACAAGAACCUAUGGUCUCUGUCCUAUGUGACAACACUGGCCUGUUUUGCAUAUGUGCUGCUGGUACUGGUCUACUACACAGUGGAUGUGAAGAAGUGGUGGUCAGGAGCACCUUUCUUCUAUCCUGGUAUGAACUCCAUCCUCGUGUACGUGGGCCAUGAAGUGUUUGAAGAGUACUUUCCCUUCCGCUGGCGCAUGGCCAACACCCAAUCCCACGCCGAGCACCUCACGCAGAACCUCGUGGCAACUUCCUGUUGGGUCUUCAUCUCCUACAUGCUCUACAGGAAAAAGAUUUUCUGGAAAAUUUAGAAGGGGAGCCUCUUAAUGAUAAUGGGACAUUCAGAGAACAAUAUCAGAGGACGUUGUUUACAUCAGAAUUGCUGGAGUUAGAAACUGAAAACAUUUGGAAAACGGGAAACAAGAGACUUUUAUUUUGUUAAAGCUAUGGUGGUUCUCUGUCUCUGAACUUAUGUGGGUUUCUUCUUACAAACAGCACUUUUUUAAUUUCUUUUUAAUUACAGUCACUACUUUGUGGACCAUACAUAUUUAAAGACUUUUUCCAAAGACCUUCAGAUAUGAAGCAGCUGAUGCCUGCCAAAUAUCUUAACUGACUCAGGAAGAACUAAGAAUAGUUUGAGAAUUCGAGAACUGGGAAGACUGACAUUGUUAAUCUGUUAUUUGACCAUGUUAUAGACGCUGGUUUUCAUUCCUCAUCUUGUACCACAGACUACAGCAGCAGGGUGUUGUCGUGGUUUAACAAACCCUUGUUGACUUCCCCUUGGGAGAAUCCCUGCUGCCAUCUUAAGUUCUGUUGCAUUACUCUGGAAACUGAAGUGGGGUUUUACGAGACUGACUUUUCAAGAGCAGAAAGAGAAAUUGAAUUAUGUACCUUCAAGAGAAAAGGCUACCAAUAAUAUAGAGUUAAGUAUGUUAAAGUUUUCAAAUAUGAAUGUUAAACAUCUACACUUUAUCAUUCCUCAGCUGUCUUUUUUCCGUUUUGCAAUCCUCUGCUCCCUGGCUCAGCAAGUGUCCUGACAUAUGAUGCUGCGUGUUACCAAGCGCUGAGGGGAAGUGAAGGAGGACAUGUCACAUGACUAUUGAAACCCACUGGAGGUCACUUUCUUUUGCAUUUUGGCUAAUGCAAAAGCAUGCAUAAUAUGUUUGAGUUUCUGAUUAGGUUUUCAAAAGAAUUCCCAGCACUGACCUUUCUUAUUCGGUUACACAUUCCCUCUUUUUAUGUUCGCACUGGCACAAUGACACAAUUUGUGUUACAUUUUUCAGGUGUUUUCUAGAAAGCAGAGAUACUGUAAGUUGCCAAUGUACAGUAGCUUAGUUACAAGAUUUAGAAAUAUAUAUUUGAUGUUUCAACAUUAAACUGUUGCCAUUACUCUCACAAAACUGUGUAAAUGUGCCCCCUUCUAUGAUUGUAACUUAAUAUUACUUGUAUUAACGCAUUUUGCAAAUUUAUACAUUUAAUCUGUGGAAUAUCCAAAUGCUGUGGGAGAUUUUUGUUCAUCUAGUACUGUCUAAAUUGAUGAAAUUCAUUGUGCCAAACUUUUAUACAUUUAUUUUUUUAUAUUCACCAUUUGACAAUAUCUUUAUGUAAUAAAACAUAUUCCAAAAUA